AUGAUACUAAGGGAGCUGGAGGAGCAGAUAGAGCCUUUAGAAAAGCAGAAGGGGGAAAUGGAAGUGAUUUCAACACUGACUGGGGAGGUUGCAUCUGAAAAUGACUUUGCUCGGGGCAAAUUCUGGGCACAGCAUACCCGUGAGCCUGUUGCUUUCACACAAGCCAUCCAAACUGCAGCCAGAGGCAGGGAAAACGCGGUGUUUGUGGAAAUAAGUCCUCACCGAGCACUGCAGCGAAGCAUAAAAGAAACGCUAGGGAAAGGCACAAAGGUGUUGUCCUCUUUGCAAACAGAUGCAGAAUAUCAGACACUCUUCACACUUGUAGGAAAUCUGUUUGAACUGGGAUUUAAUCCCAACUGGCAGCACUUUUAUAAUGGGUAUCAAAGUGUUCCUGUGGCCAUUCCACGAUAUCAAUUUGAUCGUCAAAAACUCAUGAACUGCCUGGGAAUCCAUCAACAAGCAAACCAAAGAGGUGUCAGUGCCAGUCAUCCUUUGCUUUACGGCAUAAACAGUGACAACGUGGAGUUUGGCUGCCUGGUGUCCCAGGAAACGACACCGUACUUAUAUGAGCACAAGAACAAUGGGGUGGCCUUAGUCCCUGGUGCUUUCUAUGUGGAGCUUGGUCUGGCCUCUGUGAUGAGCAGCUCAGAACCUAAAGUGCCUCUGAGCACUUGCCAGCUGAGUAUCAGUUUUUCUGCACCGUGUGUUCUUACACAGAAUUCCCAAGUGCUGAGUAUCAAGCUGAGUCCGCAAAAAGCCAUGACAACUUUUGAGGUUCUUUCUUCCUCCAACGCAGUUUAUGCUGCUGGCCAAGUGGCAAAGGGGGGGCUUGAAGGUGUGGUGGAAGAAAGCAGCAUCUCCUUCCAAGCCAUCUAUCGAAGAUGCAAGUCAGUGAUUAGCAGAGAGGAACUUUAUGAAGCACUGUCUCAUGUUGGCUUUCAGUAUGGCUCCAUAUUCAGGCAGCUCAGUGAUGUUCAUUAUUGCCAGGAGCUAAAGGAAGCUAUAACGAGCAUAAAGGUGAAUGAGGAGACUGCCAGAGACAUGUACAGCUACUGUAUCCACCCAGUGCUGCUCGACUGUUUCCUGCAGAUGACCGCUGUCCUGACCUCAAGGACACUCCACUCCCGAGCAGGCUUUCCUUCAGGGAUAGGCAGCCUGGUGGUGCUCCGCCCGCUGCAGGAGGAAAUGAUGAUAUACAUGAGAAUGAGCAAAUCCACUGGGAACUGCCUUGAGGUCUGUGGAUGCUUUGUGGACAAACAUGGCUCUGUUUUGGCUGAGCUCAAGCGCGUUGCCAUCACUUUCAUGAAGGAAGCGUCUUCCAGAGACAAUGAGUUCCUUUUUGAAAACAAAUGGAAAGAAGUCUCUCUUUCACAGACAAUUGGACAGCUGGGGUUUAAGCCCAGAGUGCUUGUCUUUGCAGACAAAUUUGGGAUAGCUGAGCAGCUCAAAAAAUACUUGCAUCCUGCUUCCAGAUAUGUUAUGUAUGAAGGGUGGGAACGCCUUGUGGAAGGCGAUGCACAGGAUAAAAUGAGAGCAGAGGUUAAGGAUUAUGAUGAAAUUCUCUUCCUGUGGGGAAUCCAAAAGUUAAAUGAAGAUUCCCCAAGGAAAGCAGUAGAUCAGCUGGCAAAGUGCUGCGAAGCCUAUCGCCAGGUAGUGGUGGCACUAAGAGAGAAGAUGUCUCGCUGUUCCGUCAGAGUGAUCACCUACAGAACAACAGAGAGAUAUGUGGACCACGUUAACUGUGGGUUUGCAUUGUAUGGCAUGACCAGAACUUGUACUGUUGAAGUUCCAGAAAUCACAUUUCAGUUGAUUGACCUCAGCUCCUCUACUUCCCUGGACAUCUCAGUGUUAGCAGAUGUUCUUGUCAAGUACAAAGGUGGGGACUAUCCAGAAGUCUGCAUCAGCCAGGGAAGAAUUUAUGUGUCCGAAAUCAGACGCACGCCUUUUGUAGAUGCAGAUUACAUCCAACCCGUAAGAUCUCUCCAGAAAUCACAGUCAUUCACUUUGUACACUUCUGAUCCAUACACAGCAAAAGACUUGUCCGGGGAAUUAUCCACCAGUGCUGCUACUCAACUUGACAAACAGAGUGUUGAAAUUCACGUAGAUAAAAUUUGUCUGCACUCAGAAGAUUAUUCUCCCAUUAGUGUUUCUAGCUGUAACUUUGGUAAUACACUGUAUUGGAACUCCCAGGCAGGAGACAAACACAGGCUUCUAGCUCUUGAUUUCAGUGGCACAGUCACUGCAACAGGCAGUGAUGUGAAAAAAGUGAAAGUGGGAGAUCAUGUGGUUUCAUGUUAUCCCACUGCUGCAUCAUCCAGAGUUCAGAUUCCAGGAGCAGUUUGUUUCAAUGCAAGGAAAUUCCCAUUCCUCCAGAAUGUCCCUUGUGUGUCAUACUUCAUCAUUGCAUGGGAAAUCUUCACUCAGAGGUUACCCAAAGGAAAACAUGGCAGAGCAUUGGGAAUUAUUACUACAGAGCCGUCCUCAGUUUUGUGCCACAUUCUUUCUGCAGCAGCAGAAGAGAUGGGUUGGAGACCAGUCCUUGCAAAGCCCACUCCUAACGUGCUCCAGUAUAUUAACCUGUGCAGUGCCCUUGUUGUUCUUCCUCCAGUCAACAGACUGUCUCAGGAGGACCUGGCCCACAUGUCCUUUCUUAAAGAUGUAGUGAUCGUGUGUGGCAGUCAACAGCCUGAAUGUAUCCAGAAUGUCAGUGAAAUUGAUCAUGAAAACAUCAGCUUUCAUAUCCUUGCUGUUGCCAGCCUUUUCCGGAAAGCACCUCUAAAGGAAGUGCAGAAGACCGUACACGCCUGGAUCAGUUCCAUGGAUAUGAAACGGUUUAGACAUCUCUCAGGUUGUGUUUUUCAACAGUCUGAGAACUUUGAAGGGCUAAAUUCUGUGAUGUCCUAUUUCACCUGCACUUCUGUCCCCCUUGCUGUCCUGAGAAGGCAGAAGGACAUGGGUGUGCUUUCAGAUAUCCCACUGUACGAGCCCCAGAAGCAGCUGUUCAAGCAGAACGCUGUUUAUGUAGUAGCUGGGGGGCUCACUGGACUCGGCUUUGAAACUGUGAAGUUCAUAGCUGAGAACGGGGGAGGGUGUAUUGCAAUUCUGUCCAGGAGAAUUCCCAGCAGUGAGAAGCAAGAAGAGUUAAGGGCUUUGCAGCAGCAGUACAAAGGGAGCAAAGUAGUGUCUGUGCAGUGUGAUGUGGCUUUGACCAGUGACGUUGAGAAAGCUUUCCAGUCCAUUGCCAACACCUUUGUGGGGAGUCCCAUCAAAGGGGUGUUCCAAAGUGCUGUUGCUUUACACGACGGCCACCUUGAAGUGCUGAAGCUGGCUGACUUUCACAAAGUGCUGAGCCCAAAAGUAGCAGGGACCCUAAAUCUUCACUGGGCUACCAGAGACCAGGAGCUUGACUACUUUGUGUGCUACUCCUCUGUUACUUCCUUUCUGGGCAAUGCCACCCAAACAAACUAUGCAGCUGCAAACUCUUUCCUGGAUGUCUUCUGCCUCUACAGGAGGAACUGUGGGCUUUCAGGCCAGGCCAUUAACUGGGGUGCUCUGAACCUUGGCAUUCUGCUCAACCAAAACCACAUUCAGAGCAUUCUGGGAUCCAAGGGCAUAGACAUUCUGCAAGUGCAUGAAAUUCAUGACUAUCUCAGGAAGACCUUACUUAUAAACAAGCCGCAGCAAGCUGUGGUCAAAUUGAACUUUCAAGCUUUGUAUCAUCAUGUUUUUACUCAGAUUAUUUCUCUCAAAAGUCGCUUCAUAUCACUGAUGUCAGAAGAUUUCAAGAACAAGAUUGAAACGUCUGAGGAAACUGAAGUCCCAGAGGCUGCCUUUCUCAAAUCUGAGGACUACAUCACCUCACUGGUGAGUGACCUCACAGGAGUGAACGCAGAUGAGCUAACCAUGAACACGCCACUUUCGUCUUUGGGCAUAGACUCUAUGUUAGCUAUGACAAUUCAGAACCGUGUCUUCCGGGAGCGAAAGGUGGACAUACCCGUUGUGAAACUGCUUGAUCCUCACACAACUCUGUCAAGUUUAGUGGUGGUGUUAGAAGAAACAAGCAAUGCAAAUGGAACAGUUGAAAAGAAGCAUGCUGUGGUUGAAAGCGCAGAAAAUGGGAGCUGGCUAUAGGAAUCUUCCCAAUCAGGAAUUGUGUAAAUUUGACAACACUCAGACUCUUUGUAGCAUGUCAGAAUGUGUAAUUGCAGAAUGCCUGGUGGUGCUGAAUGUACUCAUCUGCACUGACUCAGAAAAACCCACACCAGGUUCUUCUGCCUUUAUUCUGCUAGCUGUGUUAAUUUCAGUCAGUUGUUUGACUUUUUACUUUCAAUGUAUUUUACCUGAAUUUUCAAUAGUUUUAACUGGAAAUAAGUAGGUAUUUUCCUACACAUUUUAUUGCAUAUUGCACUUUUAAAUUGUAUUCAAGUUUUGAUGAAAAUUGUAUAUUUGCACCUCUAAGCAGUAAAUAUACACAUAAAGCUGUAUAAGCUUAUCAGCAUAUUUGUUAUAUUCUAUUGUUAAUAUAUCAUUAUUUUUAAUAUCACCAAAUAUUUAUAAGUACAGGCAUCUUUUUGAAAGUCUGAUGUCAAUUUAAAAACCUAGUGUUUUUCUUGUGUCUUCAAAAAUAUUAACAAUUUACCAAUUGUUACCUAUUGUCAAGCAUACAAAAAAGCAAAUGUUUUUUAUUAUGAAUUAACAAAUUUUUGUGA